AAGAAGAGUGGCGCACACAAUGCACUGCUCGGACUGACUAGGGUUGUGUCUCUCGGAUGAUUUUCACGAUAAAUUUCCAAUUCAGUGGAAACUUGUGACGGGGCAGCAGCUCUCCCUCCAUCCGUGUGUGUGCUCUGGAUUUAGUGAGAAUUAAGACAUCUUUUGAACGGAAACGUCGGCGAGAGGUCCCCCCAACUUAAUCCUAAACAUUGGAUUACACAGCGAAGGCUGCUGCAUGAAGGAGCUGCCCAGCCCGACGGGGGCUUGGCCGACACCCUCGUUUAUGGAAAUCGACACCGAGGCUUUGAUAUUUGGGCCUUGAUUUUUUUUUUCUUCUCCUUUAUGAUGGAGGUGGAACGAAAGAAGAGUUGCGUGUAAAGAAAAACGUUUUCUUCCUGCUUCCUUUAAAAAACAAUUGAAAGGUUGCUUGUGGCUAACAGCUGGAAUCGGCUAACGCUAGCUAGUCAAAGAAGCUAACGUUACGUCUUUCUUUUGAUGUGAAUUCAACCAUUACUAUCGGCCAUCAACAUUUUCGGCAGGAGAAAACAUUUUUAUAUUCUCUUGGCUGCGGAAUAUUAGUUAGCUUCACAGUAAACUGUCCGGCUUGUCAUGCUUCUUUCCAGACGCGUUUUAAGAAUAUAGUUGUAUUCUUAAAGGUCCGCUGGCUGAAUAUAUAUUGUAACGUAUCGAGUUAGCUAACAUGCUAACUAAAUGAGCUAAAAGCUAAUUGGGUGGAAUCAACACUGACCUAACGUUAGCAUUACUUAAACUCAACAAGACAGCUAAUUUUUACUUCCUGUUUGACUUAGGAGUAAAUCACAGUCGUUGUCAAUAAUAACAUUUCACAUGAAUACGUAAAUAAUGUCACGGCCACCGGUGUGUUUAACGUCUGAUAUCUGGGUUAUUGGCCUUGCUAACUAGCUAAACCAGCUAACCGUAUCAUUUUUGCUAAUAAAUGUGUCAGCGUGUGCAGAAAAUUUAGUAAAUUCAACGCGCAAGAGUUGUAUUGAGCAAUCAAGAAAUUUAUCUAGAGCCGAUUUAACCUGCUUCGUCCAUAGCACAACUAAGGCUUGUCUUUUUUAUUUUUGUUUACAUGCGUAUAACUUAAAUUUCUUGCUAGCUAUAGCUACUGUUAGCCUUCUUCUUGACACAGUCCGCUAUGUCCUGACAUUUAAGUUAAGUGUGUGUCUCGUGGAUGUUUUUUUAAAAUCCUCCACGUGGAGCUGAAGUUUGCGUUCAGAUUCAUUGGAAAUGACACUAAAAUUCCGCCGAAAGAGAGGCACUACUGGUGCCGAUAGAGUGUUGUCAAAGGACGGUAAAUAAUAGCCACUCGUUUCCAUUAACGCCAUUUUAACAGGGCCUCUGUGUGGUGGUGGUGUUUUUAUUUGCCUUUUUGGUUUCUCACUGGAGCUUACAAAAAGGAGAAGGUGUUGUUUGAGACAUGGAGGGCCCGAGCCGAAGCACUGGAUUCCGGCAGAGCCGACGGUCCCGUUCACAGCGCGACAGGGACCGUCGGAGGAGGAGGAGAGUGGACCUGUCCGAGCAGCAGCGGGGGGCCACAUCCCUGUCCUCGGGCUCCGAUCGGGAGGAUCGUGGGACGAACAACGUGCUGGGUCCCGGUGGGAGAGAAUGCCGGCCCGGUUUCGGGAGACACAGGCCUCCACGCCGGAGGAAGAGAGAGAUGUCGGUGUCCUGCGAGGAAGACAUCAUCGAUGGCUUCGCUAUUGCGAGCUUUGUCAGCUUGGAGGCACUGGAGAUGGACUGCUCUCUGAAGCCCAGUCAACGCACUGAUAUGCUGGGCAGGAGGAACAAGGGGAAGAGAGGGCCGGAGGAGAACGGUGGAGGGCCGCUGUCGGAGCCGGAGGAAGGAGCCCCGCACGGCUACUCCAGCAGCUGUUUGAACAAGAGUAAAAAUAAAAGGAGAAAGAUAGAGGGACACCCUUUGGAGACUGGCUACAUUUGUGACACUGAGAGUGACACAGGAGACAAGGCCUCCGACAAUGACAUGGACCCAGUCUUCACAGUCAGUACGAGGAAAGUCGUAGAGCCCGCCCCCUCAAAUAUGGCCACAUCCAUCGGAAAGAUCUGCCCGCCUCUCCCGGCCCGUUGUGGCGGCGUCUCGCGGUUGAUGGUGACCCCGAGAGUGUCCGGUCUGGAGCGAAGUCAGGAGAAAAACCUGGAGCAGCAUUUCCCGGAGCCUGUUUCUUCUUCUACCUCUUCUGCCCCCUUCUCCUGCCUGCCUUCCCCGGUCACGACCUCGGGCACGGUCCCGCGCUCCAGCCCGUUCAACGGCAACGGCGGCCGCCACAACGGCAGCCCACCACUCUCCAAACCCAAACCCUUCCUCACUUUGCCAGGACGAUCUCACUCCAUCUACAACAUCAACAGGAGCAACACCCCGGUCAAACCUCCCUCAUCGGCUUCAUCUGUUCCGUCUUCCUCAUCCUCCAUGCGUCCCCCGACUCCCUCCACCAGUGUGUCGCUGCCCUACCUCAGGGGCUCGGGAUCCUCGGGGCCCCUCCGACCCCCAUCCCGAGCCAGCGCUGGGGCCUUGUUCGCAUCCUCACCCGGCCUUCCUCCCCCUCCACCUCUGCUGCAAGGUCCCGGCCACUCAACUGCAGCAGACCAAGAAUUACUGCGUCAGAACUUAAACUCCCACUUCUUGAAUUCACAAGAGCGCGACGGCCGACGCAGCGUCCCGGGGGCUGAAAACAACGCAGCAGCCGCGGGCCGCUCCACUCCCGGUGGUCAGUCGGGAUCCAACUCCUCCGGACCGGGUUCGUCGGGCCGGACGUCUCAGAACCAGCCGAGCAUCCUGCCUAUGGCCUUCCAGUUCCAUCAGCACAACCACCAGCACCAACACACGCACACGCACCAACACUUCACGCCCUUCCUGCACCCCACAGCCACCGCACCGCCUCUGUUUGAUAAGUAUCCAGGCAAAAUGGACGGGCUGUACCGACACCCUUUCUUCCCACAGUACCCGCCGCCCUCAGUGCCGAGUAUCCAGCCCGUGAUUCCUCCCUCUGGGCCUUUCAGCUCCUUGCAAGGAGCAUUUCAGCCAAAGCCUCUUGUCUCUCAGGGAGCCGGUCCUGAUAUUUCCGCCCGACUUGGUGUUGUGCCUCACCACCUGCAGCCCAAAGACCCGCGGCUAACUGAUCCAUUUGGGACAUCGUUGAAAAUCAGUAAUAAACCAGGAAAGUGGUGUGCUAUGCACGUGUAUGUGGCCUGGAUGAUUCUGAGCCAUCAGAAGAAAGUGAAGCUGAUGCGUGCUGAUCCUCAAAAGUUGGACUUCCGUAGUGACCUGCUGGCCCGUCUUCCUGGAGCCGGAGGACUGGGGCCCAUGGGAGGAGCCAUGCCUCCCACUCAUGAUCUGACCAGACCUCCCAGUCUGUUCUCAGCUGCAGGGCCAGUCAAUCCGUCCUCCGCUCCUUUCAUCUCUCCAUCGACGCCCCACUCCUCUUUCCUACCACCAACUGCACACUUGGAUCCAUAUGGACGAUCCCCACCCUUCACCCCUCUUGGAGCUCUUGGUUCUGGUGCCUUUGGAGGACUUGGCAGCCCAACACUGGCAGGAUCUGUGUUUGGCCCUAAAGAUUCACCAGCUAACGUGGUCGGAGGCCUGUCCACCCCCAACCAUCACGACCCGUGGAACCGUCUGCAGGGCGGGCCGUCUGGGUUCACUCCCGGGCCCAGCUGGGCUAAAGGGCCGGACAAGCGGGACGAGAGGGACCGAGCGAAGGACACGGAGAGGAGAGACAUCCCCCACAUCAAGGACGAAAAGGACAGAGACAAUAUGCUGUAUGGCCGACAACCUGUGAGAAUGUCUCCAGUCGCCCCUCCCUUCAAGCCCCGCAGUAGCACCCCGGUCUCCCACAUUAACGGCCACAGCAGCACCCUGGGGGGCAGCGCCGGGCCGAUCGAGGACCUGACGCGCAGCUCAAGCAGAGACAGAGAUGGAGACAAGAGGCCGCAGCAAACGGUGUCGCGUGGACCUCCUUCAUCUUUAGUAGCAGACAGAGACAGACCGCGGUCUUCCUCGUCCUCUGUGCUCACCACCCCGCCGCCCACCAAUCGCUCGGCGCCGUCUCCGAUGGAGCUUUACCCGCGUCCGAUGGCCCCGACGGCACACGCCCACCACAACAACGAACCCUCGCACUCCCAAAGAGACGGGAACCUCCCUUCUUCCUCCGCGGCUUCUGCCUCCGUCAUGUCUUUGUCUCAGGCCAAGAAGUCUGACCGGACCCAGACGCCCGUCUCCAAGCCUCCGCUGCUUCUCCCGCCGGUUAAAGUCAAAGAGGAGCGGAAAGAGGAGCCGGAGCACAUCCCCAUCACCCUGCCUCCACCAGCAUCCAACCACAGCUUUGAGCGCCCCAACAGCCAUCCUCACCACCAUCGUUCCGGUACCCCUUCCUCUUCCUCUCUAUCACUGACUCCCACUCCUGGUGUUCCCCACAUGCCUACCAAUCCAAACCCUCCUUCCCACCAACAUCUCACCCUGCUGGACCGCUCCAGGGCUAUAGAGGCGUAUCUGGGGAGCACAGGCGCUGCAGGUUUGAUGAUGGGUCCGGGAGGAGAACGUUUCCACCACGGUCCAGGACAAGGACCAUCACAGGGUCCACACAGCUUCACGUGGGACCCCUGGAGGGAGCUGGCGGCUCAUCAGCAGCAUCAGCAUCGCAGGGAGGCGAUGGCACUUCGGGCAGACCCCCACUUAGCCCUGCGAACUGAUCCGCAUCUGGCCCGACUGCUCCAGCAUCAGCGCCUCCUGGAGGCGGAGAGGGCGCAUGCGGCUGUGGCGGCUGCAUCCAACCCUCACCACCCUCAGAAUUCUACCUCUUCUGCCCGCCAGGAGUUCGGCCUCAUGGCCCACCACUUUGACCGCCCUCAUCACCUCGGACACCCGGGAGGAGGGCUCAUCGACGAGGAGCAGCGCGCCCAGAUCCUGAGGGAAGACUUUGAGCGUGCCCGCUACUUCGGGAUGCACCCGCACAUCCCUCCCGGCGCUCACCUGUCGGGCCCCUCCCACGCUGCUACUGCCGCUCACCUGGAGCAGCUCCACCCUGGCCUUCUGUCCCACUCGCUCCACCACGGAGGCUCUCCCGCUGCCCAGCACCACCACGCGGGCCUCUUCGCCCGUCUAGGCCAGCUGAACCAGCUAGGCCAGCUAGGCCAGCCGCACCAUGUGCCCAACGGCAUCCUGGCAAAGACCCCUUCGGGCUUGGUGGGGGCUCUGGCGAUGGGGGCACCGCCUCCGCUCAUUCCGUCCAUCACCAGCCGGUCGUCCACGCCUCCCCGUAGACUCGGAGGGCCGGGUGAUCUGGCUAUGUACAGCGCCCACAAAGACGGAGAGUCCAGAUAGUACAGGGACAACACUGGAGGAGAUUAAGGGAAAUGUCAGGAUCACUGUGCUGCUCUCAACCUGCCCCCCCUUUUCCUCUUGCAGACUACUAAACCCUGCCCUCCCAGUUACACAACCAAACCAGCUCCAGCACCCCUCAAACAAGGGUAACCAUGACUGACUGGAGGUGAUGGAAGGGAGGGGAAAAGCAAGACUCCUCAGUGUGACUUGGAAUAUGCGCAAUGGUUCUAUCAGUGCAAUUUAAAGGUACAUGGUUUCUGUGCAUCCUUGGUGUGUUUUUUAUGUUAUUCUGGCUGUUGGUUCCAUUUUCAGAUCCGUGCUUUUUUUCCAGCGAGCCUUCUCCGGGUGGAUCGGACAUGACUUCCAGAGGGAUGUGCACUGUGAAUAAACAUCCUCAGCUCGGGUUAACUCAUGGGAUAUUAAUCAUGAAGCCUUCCUCGAUAUGAAUCAACCCUGGUUAGGUCUUGUGGAUGAGGGUCUUUACAAACACAGCGGUCAAAGUGGUGCUUUCUGUCUUUUGUGUCUCUUUUCUUUGUCAUCGUGGAAAAGACAGAUUACUGACGAGACCAUUUUAAUGAAGAUCGUCGCACCUCAGUUUCCCGCUUCACCCAAAAACCGAACCUCUCAGCUUUCACGGAUAAUGAGAUUCAACAUUCUUGUUCUUGUUUUUCAUUUUCAAAGGAUGAAUGAGAUGAACUGUGUGAGUGAACACAGUGUUUUAGAGCUUCCUGUAACUGUUUCCCACUCUCCUCUUGACUAUGAGCAGGACCAGAUUAUAGUAGUCUAGAGAAAUUGCCUUUGUAAUUAUUAUUCUCAACAUUAAUUAUCUUCUAUAAUAAUAAUAAAUAUAUUCACUGUUAUGUUAUUUGUAUUUGUUUCGGGUAUCAACCAGUACUCUCUCUCCCCAGGUAGUAGUCUGUUUCAAAUCAUGCGGAAGGCUUGCGUCACAGGAAACAGUUUUUAGUGCUCGUGAACAUUCAGCCUCUUCAAGGAUCUCAUCUACGACUUUAUUAUUAUACGCUGAGAGGGAGGUUUGCCUGUGUGUGUGUCAUUGGUUGUGUGUUAUAUCCAUCUGGGACUAUGGGAGCCUUGUACAUUUGAACUGUCGAGUUGUUUCAUCAAUAAAAAGUAAGUUAUAUACGUGGAUUAAUGGGACAUCUGCUGAGGAACGGAGAAAGAAGAUAUAAGGACUUGUGUCAGAAGACAGCUAGACAGCGGGUAUCGUGAGAGGGAAAAGACUGGGUCGAUUAUUUUAAUAUGACCAUUUUAUACCUUUCAAACCCCUCCCCUAGAGACCACAAAGAUUAAUUAUUAAAUGAAUUGUUGUUUA